UCGCCUUUGUCAACCAACCAUCCACACUCCACCUUAUCCAAUCUCUCUCAUUUCUCCCCAUACAAACUCUAUUCUCUCUCUCUCUCUUCCUCAUCCUCCUAUAUUCAUUCCAACAAAACUUAGCAACUCUCUCAUUCAGAACCAUAACAAACACAGGUUGUGGUUGAGAUAAAAUGGCGACGGCAUCGGCGACACUUUCUCCGGCGACAUUCAUCACUGCAGCUGGUUCUGGCCGGGCCACGCAGAGGAGAGAGCCCAAAGUACACUACAUUAGUGGGCUGAACUCUUUUGGUGGCCUUAAGGCCCAAAACAAUGUGGCCUCAUUAGGCCUUCCUGUUUGCACUGAGCAGUCCUUUGCAAAGGUAGUUAGCUCUCUGAAGUUGCCAUCACAGGGCAAAGGAAGAGGUGGGGGAGCUCUCUCCUCCACCUGCAACGCCGUCGGCGAGAUAUUCAGGAUUGCGGCGAUCAUGAAUGGCCUCGUGCUCGUAGGAGUUGCAGUGGGUUUUGUUCUUCUUCGCAUUGAAGCAUCUGUGGAGGAAGCUGAGUGAGAAUUAUUAGAGAAAACUUUUAGGUUGAAUUGCUGUCAACAUUUGUAUGUUUACUUAAUUGUUCAGUUGAUGUAGAACUUCAAUUGUUUUGGCUAUAAAAAUUCAAACCACCAAAUGGGUUUCUCUUGGAAA